AUACCAUUUCAAGAGGUGUCUGGAAACAAGAUCAUGUGUAACCACCCACAUUCAUAUAUCUAAUAAAUCAGACUCUCACUGUGGUGUCACUUCAUUGGUGAGCAAUGAUGGAUGAAGAUCUGUUUGAAAAGCAGCAAUGGACCAAGGAGUCCUGGGAUGCUGCCCGGGAAACACCGAUUAUUUCAGAUGAGCAAAAACCACGCAAGUGUCUGAGCUUCAUUCAAAUCAUCACAUGUACCUUUGUUGGACUCUUAGUGUUUGGGCUUGCCUUCUUCAGCAAAACAUCUCUGUUGCUGUUAAUAAACCUCUGCAGUGACACAUCAAAAACCAAAAAAAACAAACCUUACACUCUCCUCUUCAUUGGUUGCCUUCUGAUUGCUCCAAGUGUUUUAAUGCUGCUCAAAAGCAUCUGGAAAAUUACUUUUAAGGAUUCAAAAACCCCGUCAAUGCAAACAUUACUAUGGAUUGUUUCAGUGGAAACUUUGGUGGCUCUCGGAUCUUCCGUCCUUACCCUGGUCACUAUGCCCAAAUUUGACAUCCUGACUAAUGUGAUGCUUCUGAACGGCAUUGGUACAUUAUCAGCCAUGCUGCAGGUCAUCGCAAAUACAGUCCAGCACGGAAGGAGGCGAUUCAUUGCAACUUCAUUAGCUGCUGUUGUUUUCCUAAUUGCAGGUUUUUCCUUCUUUGCUAUUAACUACCUCAGAGACCAAAAUGGCCUUGGGCUAUUUGUGGGUUUAGCCAUAGGAGGCACUGUCCUGGUCUCUUUGAACUGGUGGGAAAACUACGCCAUGCUUUUCAACAUUGUCUUCUUCGAGAACACAAUCCGGGACAUCAAAAGAUCCCAAAACUUUGUGAACAUUGUAGCUAGCUUGGCACGAAUCGCUGUGACCUCUAGUGUUCUUGGAGCGUAUGUGAAGCUCACAAAGCAGGAUUGGUCAACAGUGUUGACAGUCCACGAUUCUACCAAAGAACUCGUCUUGAGCCUCUUCGCUAUUCAGGUUCUAGCUUCAGCUCUGUGUCGCUACAUGGCUGUGGUUGCGUGCAAAAUGCAUGCUGUGCGCCACAGCUUCCUCACCCCCAUGAUCUUCAUUUCUCCAGCCACGCUGGGUGCCUUUGUGCUGGCUAUCUGGAUUCCCUUUGAGCAGUACAAGCAACAGUUCAACAGUACUUCCAUGCUAUUUGCUGACUACUGUAGCACCUUUGUGAAGGUGGAAAGCCAAGGCACUGUGGGACAGUUGCUGAGUAAUUUAACUCAGGACAUAUGUUACCACCACAUGGCAAACAAGACAAAUGUAAUGCAAUUUGGUCUGCUUGGAUCGUCUUUGGUUAGCUGGUGGCUUGGCCUGGUGCUCUGCACACUCUACAUCUGGUUCUUGAACAUAGGACGCAUUGUCAGGACAAAGGACCUGUUCGUGCGUAACCUUUAUGAAGCAGCGUUCAUUGAUCAGUCCAUGCUCCUGAACACCAAGUUUGAGGUUGUGCUCCAGCCAAAACAAGCCAGGGAACAGGAGAAGGUGACCAUCUACCUCUGUGCAACCAUGUGGCAUGAGACUCUAGAUGAAAUGAUGAAGAUGAUCAUCUCGAUGUUCAGGCUGGACAAAUACCGACCCAAGAAAAACCAAUUUAAUGAUGUUGUGUUUGAGUCUCACAUUUAUUUCGACGAUGCUUUCCUGACCAAAGACAACAAGCGAUGUGUCAACGAGUAUGCCGAGACCCUGGUGGAAGUCAUCAGAGAAGUUUAUAUCAUAUUCUCAGAGGAGAACAAAAGUGUAUUUAGGGACAAAAGGGCGCUUUCUGACCAGAAAAUCUUCCAGACGCCGUACGGCUGUCGGCUGCAGUACACACUUCCUCAUGGCAACCUGCUGUUUGUUCACUUCAAGGACAAACACCAGAUCCGCCACAAAAAGAGAUGGUCUCAGAUCAUGUACAUGUACUAUCUGCUUGGCUGGAGGCUGCACAAGAACUACUAUCAGAUGCACAAACAAGGGGAUGUGCACUUGAAAAAUGUUGAAGAGCAGCUACAGAAAGCCAAGGAGAACACAUACAUUCUGGCUCUAGAUGGAGACACGGAUUUCCAGCCUUCAGCCGUUAUGCUUUUGGUGGAUCGGCUCAGGUUGUACCCUGAAGUGGGAGCAGCUUGUGGCAGGAUCCAUCCUACUGGCACAGGUCCGAUGGUGUGGUAUCAGAAAUUCGAGUAUGCAGUGGGUCACUGGCUCCAGAAGACAGCUGAGCAUGUGUUUGGAUCUGUGUUGUGCAGCCCGGGCUGUUUUAGCCUGAUGCGUGCAGAAGCACUCAUGAGCAACAAUGUCAUGAAGAGAUACACAACAAAAGCGACGGAGGCUUCCCAUUAUCUACAGUAUGACCAGGGUGAAGACCGUUGGCUGUGCACACUGCUCCUGCAGCAGGGAUGGCGAGUGGAGUACAACGCUGCCUCUGACUCUUACACCAAUGCUCCACAAGAGUUCAAGGAGUUUUACAACCAGCGGAGGCGCUGGGGUCCGUCCACCAUGGCCAACACUCUGGACCUUCUUUCCAGUGGCAGUAUUACUGCACAACUCAACAAGUCCAUAUCGCGACCCUACAUUCUAUACCAGACUAUCACCAUGGCCUCCUCGAUCUUGGGUCCAGCUACGGUCUGCCUCAUGGUUGCAGGAAGCCUCAAAUUUGUCCUCGAUUUAGACGCCAACAUUGCACUUGUGAUAGCAGUUGUUCCUCCUUCAAUCUACUUGUUUCUCUGCUAUUAUCUCGGACAAGCAAAAUCGGACUUGCAAAUUACCAUUGCUGCCGUCAUGAGCAUAAUCUAUGCAUUUCUGAUGACAGCGUCCAUAUUAUCCAUUAUAGGGGACAUGGUGAAGCAGGGGACUUUUAUAACCCCAGCUGGAUUGUUCUUCAUUGGUAUUGUCAUCAUGUACUUUAUCACGGCUAUUCUUCAUCCUCACGAGUUCCAUCUCAUCAUCUUUGGCUUCCUUUACAUCAUCUGCAUCCCGAGUGGCUACCUGCUGCUGGCAAUUUACUCCAUGGUCAACAUGAACAACGUGUCAUGGGGCACUCGCGAAUCAGCCAACACGGCCGGCGGAACUGAGCAGAACAUGAGGAAAAAUGUCAAAUGUCAGAAGCUGUUCAAAUUAUGUGGCUACAAUCUUGAGGUUCAACUGAGCAAAAAGGAAAAAGUGACUGUAGUACAUGAGAAAGCACCGCAAACCGAGCAGCUGAAAGAGGAAAGCAAAGAGGUCGCUCAACCUAAAGAACAACAAGUACCUGAAAAUAAAACCUUUUUUCUGGAACAGUUGAUAGAAAGCUCUGGUGAACUGGCCCUGAUUAAGAACAGACUUAACUGGGAAGAAGAAAAGUUUUGGAUGGAUCUUAUUCAGCAAUACUUAAAACCAUUAGAGACUGAUAAAAAAAAGGAGGAAAGAAUCAAAGAAGAUCUAAAAGACCUACGCAACAAGGCAACGUUUGUGUUUUUUAUCUGUAAUGCCCUGUGGCUUGUGGCGACUUUCUUUCUUCAAGCCAUUGGCACCCCAGUGUCCAUCAAAAUCCCUAAGACUUAUGCCAAUGGAACAGUUGACCAGAAUGGGGCGAUAUAUAUCGAUCCUAUUGGACUGAUGUUCCUUUUGAGUUUUGCAGUCCUCCUUAUUGUCCAAUUUUUUGCUAUGCUGUGGCACAGAAUCCAGACUUUAAUACACUUUAUUGCGUACAUUGGGACUGAGUCUGCGGUUAACAGGAAAGCGAGAAAUCAAUCUAUAGCAAUGAUGCCCGAUGUUAUUGAAGAAAACAAUUUUCUUUAGGAGAAAAUUUGGAAUUGAUGCAAUGCCUAAAAGAGAAUGAUCUAAAGGAUGAGCUGUGAUGGAAAAUUUUGCAACAACACACAAGUCUGGCAAACCUAAGAAUCCUUAUACAAUACAAUAAAAUGUUACCACAAUGCUGUAAGGGCUUUUAGUUUGCGCAAAAAAAGUUUUUUUAUUUAUUUUUGUAAAAAAAAAUCUCUGUCUAAUGAGCCACAUGCAUAAUCCAUGUACAGUAAUCACCACUGCAAAUUGAAUUUCUUUCACAAGAAGGCCCUUAGUUUUGCUGCUGUGCUAAAUGUUAAAAUUAUUUGCACACAAUGUUAAAUUAAAUGUAACCUACCCAAGACCAGGGGUGAACAACACCUUAGUAAUUGUACAUAAUAAAUUAUAUUUAAAUAUGUGUAAUUAAUAUUUUUUUUAUAUAUAUAUAUAUAUAUAUAUAUAUAUAUAUUAUCUGUAUGAGAUUAUAUUUCUAUAAAAAAAAUCUCGUACU